CUGAUGUCCACUGAGCCUCAAGGAGAAGUCUGGAGAGAGGAGACACAUUUUAACAGCUCAAGAAAAUCCUAAAAGGAAGUUUUUCCUAUUGACCGAUAGAACAAAAACACAAGGACUGAUGGGACACCAGAGAAGAAGUCCUUGACUUUGGGAUAUGAGUUCCUUAAGUGCUACCCGAGGAGGAUAAGAUGAUCUGAUGUUAAUUGAACAUCCUGUUUGAAUUGACAGUUAAAAAUAAGUUAUGUUGUCCGCACAGGGAACUGGUGCCUUGGCUCUUUUUUACAGUGUCAUAAUAGUGACUGCACUGAUAGACUCUGAUGAUGUCAUCUCACGAGAUGAGCAGAUCUACGUUGUGAUUGGUGCUCACGCCAAGUGUGAGAGGAACAUUCAGGCACAAAUGUCCCUGGUUAAAGAAGGUGACUGUAUCCCCGAGUGGGAUGGGAUCAUCUGCUGGCCACGGAGUACAGCGGGUCAGCUGGUGUCAGUGCUGUGUCCAGAGUACAUCUACGACUUCAACCACAGAGGGCGAGCCUACCGCCAGUGUGACGCAUCAGGUAACUGGGAUCAGGUGCCCAGUAUCAACCGCACUUGGGCUAACUACAGUGAGUGCACCACCUACUUGACCUCCAACCACAGGAGCCAAGAAGUGAAGGUGUUUGAGAGACUCCAUCUCAUCUACACUGUUGGCUACUCCAUUUCUCUAGCAUCACUGUUGGUGGCAGUCUCCAUCCUCUGCUAUUUCAAGCGUCUCCACUGCACACGUAAUUACAUCCACAUUCACCUCUUCACCUCCUUCAUAUGUCGAGCAGUCAGCAUUUUCGUGAAAGACGCUGUGCUCUACUCCGUAUCUGAAGACAGAAAGGCUGAGCCUGAGUUCACUGCACCAAAGCCUCAUAUGGCCGGCUGUAAAGUUGCUGUUACCCUCUUCUUUUAUUUCCUGGCGACAAAUCAUUAUUGGAUCCUGGUAGAGGGGCUGUACCUACACAGCCUAAUCUUCAUGGCCUUCCUCUCUGACAAGAACUACCUAUGGGCCCUCACCAUCAUCGGCUGGGGUGUUCCAGCAGUGUUUGUGUCUGUUUGGGUCAGUGCUCGAGCAUCUUUGGCAGACACACAAUGUUGGGACAUCAGUGCUGGAAACCUGAAGUGGAUCUUUCAAGUUCCCAUUCUGGCAGCCAUUGUUGUGAAUUUCCUCCUCUUCGUCAACAUAAUACGUGUACUAGCCUCUAAACUGUGGGAAACAAACACUGGUAAAUUGGACCCUCGGCAGCAAUAUCGGAAGCUGCUCAAGUCCACAUUAGUCCUCAUGCCCUUGUUUGGAGUUCACUACAUGGUGUUCAUGGCUCUUCCUUACACUGAAGCCAUGGGGCUGCUGUGGCAGGUGCAAAUGCAUUAUGAGAUGUUCUUCAAUUCAUCCCAGGGAUUUUUUGUGGCAUGUAUCUACUGUUUCUGCAAUGGAGAGGUGCAGGCAGAGGUAAAGAAGGCGUGGUUAAGACGCAGCCUUGUGCUGGACCUCAAACAGAAAGCCAGGAUGAACAGCAGCGGCGGGGGAGGCAGCUGUUACUACGGCGGCAUGAUGUCACACACUACCACCCACAGCGUCAGCUUGUCUGCUGCCAAUCCCAGAGCUCUUUCCUUCACUGGAGGUGUGGUGGGCUCAGGUGGAGCUCCCAGUGGAGGGUCAGGAGUCAGGCAGCCACGCCACGGCUCUCUCCACCUGCAAACCAGCCUGCCUGGAUACGUGACCUCCGGCACCCUAAAGGAGACGGCUGUACGGAAUCCCGGGGGGACGGAGUCUGGAGUUUUUGCCAGGCAUGUCAGAGCCAGCAAGAUAUAUUUUAACACCAAAGGUCAUGGAGCAUCUCCAGCACAAACCCCUGGAGCAGAAGACCCAGACAGCUGCUUAUCUCUGAAAGAGCUGGAGACCAUCUUGUGACUGUUUUGAUAAAUUGACAAAUGGGCAUAAAUGAGGUAUUGGACUCAAGGCAGACCAAGACAGAUGACAGGGAUACAUUUUUCUGACUUCACCUGACUAGAGGGGUCAUCUUUACAAGCCUCUAUGUUGAUGUGCAAGACUGAGGACUUCCCAAACUAGACAUUUCAAGGAUUUACUUGUGUUUUGUCCACUCCUUCCUAGGUUAAGAAAUAACUUUCAGUCUCAACUUUUAAGCCAACAUAGACGAGGAGUCCUUAAAGUGUUUAAAUAAAUAAUAGUCUAAAAUACCAUGACAGCUGUUUGCUGAGAAAGAUCUUAUGAUAUGAUAAAAAACGCCAGAACAGCUUCUGAGCAGAGCUUGUGUGGGGAUUGUUUAGUUAACAAUUGUUGUAUGGUUCUCUGGAUGUUUUAGUGGAUGGGAUCAAAUUUCCAUCGCAUAAAAUAUGAGGGAACACAAACACAUUUUCUUUUACAAAAUGACACAUUUAUGAUGGAGGAAGCAUUACUCCAGUAGUUACUUUACCGAGCUAACUGUCCACAUUUGAUUAUUUCUAACAGUCAGCAAUGUCCAGACAGCAUGUCUAGACAGGUAAGGUCUCUCUGCACCUGUUUCAUUGUUGUCCAUGUUGUCUACACAGCCCUAUUUAGCAUUCUGACAGGACCCUAAGGGCUGAUUCACAAACCUUUUGCCCCUCGCAGGCCAAACUCCAACCCCUUCCUCUGUGUAACCUCUGCCCCGAUCGCCCUCACAACACCUUCCAGAAUUUCACACUCACCCCCCAGGCCUCUACUCAGAGCAAGAGGCACUUGAGCUGUUUGUAGACCUCGAGCAUGAGUGACAAAACCUGCAGCACAAGCCACCAGUAUUCACAAUGUAAACAGAACGGAAAAUGUACCUGUAAAUAUUUUAGGAUUGUUUAGAUGUUCAGAGAGAUAUGUAGAGUGUAGGAUAACUCUAAUAAUUGAAUCAAUGUUCUGAGAGUUUAAAUAAAGUGAAUUAAAUUAAGCUGAACUAAACUGAAUGGAAUUGAUUUACUUACUACUUCUAAGCAGGCUUGUGCAAAAUUCAGAAUUUCAGAAUUGGCCUCCAUUCAAUUCAUGAAUUUGAAUUUGAAUUGAAUUGACUCCACCCCACAGAAAGUUGAAUUUGAAUUUGAAUUGGA